UAAGAGAGCUGAUAACGGUGGGUGAUGCGGAGGGGUCCUCUCCCUCCCUCUCCCCUCUGGGGAUCCCCGUGUCGCUCAGCCACCUCCGCUCCCGCAGUGUCCCUGGCGGGCGCCCAGGUCACCUCGGAGACGAAGGAAGUGCCUGAGAACCAACCCGUCGACAUCCCGUGCUCUGCGUACCGCUCCGACUGGGGAAGUCCCCGCAUCGAGUGGAAGUUCCAGAAGGGCUCUUCCCUGGUGCUCUUCUACUACGCGGGAGCACUCACAGACCCCUACAAGAACCGCGUCGUGUUCUCCGUCACCUCCAUCCACUUCACCACGGUGACGCGGGAGGACACGGGGAAAUACAUCUGUGAGGUGGUGGGGGGCGACUCCCAGAUCGCCAAGUCGGAGGUCAACCUCAUCGUGCAGGUGCCCCCCUCCAAGCCGGUUGCCCACGUUCCCAGCUCCGCCACCAUCGGCCGCACUGCGGUGCUGCGCUGUACGGAGUCGGACGGCUCCCCGCCCCCCACGUUCCGCUGGUACCGGGACGGGAUGCUGGUCCCCACCGACCCCAAAAGCAGCCUCAGCUUCCGCAACUCCUCCUACACUCUGGAUUCCACCACCGGGGAGCUGACCUUCAAUCCCGUCAGCGCCUUCGACACCGGCGAUUAUUACUGCGAGGCCUCCAACAACGUGGGCACGGCGCAGAGGUCGGACACGGUGCGCAUGGAAGCCAGUGAGGUCAACGUGGGCGGCAUCGUGGCGGCGGUGGUGGUGCUGCUGAUGCUGCUGGGACUCAUCGCCUUCGGGAUUUGGUUCGCCUACAGCCGCGGCUACUUCCAGAGAAAAGACACUGCCUCCAAAAAGGUGAUUUACAGCCAACCCUCACAGCGCAGCGACGGGGAGUUCAAGCAGACGUCGUCCUUCCUGGUGUGACCCCACAGGGCUGUGGAUGUUCCCCAUCGCUGCAGCUCCACCACAAUUUGAACUAUUUGGGGGCUUUUGGGGGCUUUGGGGUUUU